UGCUAAUUUGCUCUGCAAUCUAUUCACCUGUGCUCGUACGCUCCUUCGUCCUUCACCGAUCUAGCUGACAAUUUUCUGCUUCACUCAUUUCUGCCUCAGGUGCUUCACAUUGGUAUUAUCUCAGCGUUUGCAAUUCGUGACGCACUCGUCCAUCAUGGGUCUUCCUAUCAUGAACCGACCUGCGACUAUCUAUGGAUGCUCAAUCUCAUUUCAGAUUGUUGCCUGGAUGGCCGUAGCUUUAAGGCUAUACACGCGCUACAAAAUGCCUAAGACUCUAGGAUGGGACGACUUCUUCGUAACUGCGGCGGUUAUCACUGCCACGGUUGGUUCAGCAAUUAUAUGUCUCCAACCGGGUGCAGGCUUAGGCCAACAUAUGAACACCCUCAGUGAAAAGCAGCUGUCUGACUACUUCUAUUAUGUAUUUAGCGCCAAUACUUGCUACAUCGUCUCCGCUACAUUAAUCAAGCUCUCCAUCCUCCUCCAAUACAUCCGUCUCUUCGAAGAGUCCUCCAGCAAAUGGGCUCGCAAAUGUUGCUUUAUCAUGUUGGGCGUUGUGACGUGUUGGGGGAUUGCCUUCUUCUUCACUCAGGUCUGUGGCUGCACACCAAUCAAAGCGAACUGGGACCUGGAGAUUGCAGGCUCUCACUGCGUAAUGUUCGGCUCGAAAGAGCCAAAGGAGUUGUUUGCGGCUUUCGCGAGCCAUGCGGCUUCUAAUAUGUUUCUCGAUAUUCUUAUUCUGAUUUUGCCGGUACCUUUCCUGUCGACCAUCCGCCUCGAGGGAAAGAGGAAGAAGGGUAUAAUCUCAUUGCUUGUCAUUGGUGGAAUCGUCGCCAUCUUCAGUGCCAUCCGUCUCUUCAGCAUCGCCCAACACCGUGUGGGAACGGUCCCCGUCGUCGAUCUUACCUACUACUCUCCCCCGAUCUUCAUCUUCUCCAGCCUCGAAAUCCAAGUCGCCAUCAUCUGCGCCUCCACCCCCGUUUUCUGGCCCAUGCUCGAAUCCAUCAACCUCGGCAAGAUCUUCGUCACGCAAGAAGUCGAGGUGGUGACCGAGUCGCGCGAGAUGGCCAGCCCGUCCGAGGAGCGUGAUCUCGGAAUCUUGCGAAGCGCCAGCAGCCAGCAGUCGCUCAAAGGGCGGGAUAGCUACGACAAGAAAGACUAUCAGAAUGAUUGGGCGGUACCGGAUUUCUUGGACGCGGGCGCCGAUCGCGAUAACGAUGCGACGUAUGGCGUGUCGGCGCGCAGAGCUACGACGCCGUUUGAUCCGCUGAAGGUGCUAGACAAGUGAGCGUGUUGUGCUCGGGUGCUCUUGGAUCCUGUGGAAAUAUUUUCUUUUGUGCUAGCUCGAGGCCCUGGACGGCUUUUACAUAUACUAGAUACCCGCGACACAUACUCGCUAUGAUCAAUACAUUCUUAUAAUGAC